ACAAUACAUAUUCAAUGUAUUCGAGGUGAUAGUCAGCACAUUAGAAACUAAACUUCAGAGGAUAGAGAACCUGGACAAGGCAGUGGAACAUCUGAUGAGGAGAGUUGAAGCCUUGGAUUCGAGAGUCAACGACAACAUUCACAAAACUGACGCCAUCAUAUCUAAACUUGGUAAUCUAGACCUUAAACUGUUCAGCCACAUUGUGCAGGAUGACGAAGAAACUGCUACAGAGAAUACUACCAAAAGGCAAGCUGAAAAUAAACUUAGCAAUAGUCAACAACUACUUGAAUCUUUGGACCAAAAAGUAUCUGAUAUCGAUACCAAAUUAGUUGGACUUAAAAAUCAAAUUGACAACAAUUUCUUGCCAGUAGACGAUAUAAACGCAGAAGCGAGUGAAAAGAAACCCAUUAAUUUAAACGUGAUAGAGAUCGCUAAAGGCCUGAAUUCCGAGGUGAUCAACGAAAUUACGAAAGAAGUGGACCAGUUGAGGACAUCGAUGUCCACAGUCGAUCGUAAAUUGCAAUUCCACAUUAAUCUGGUUUCCGAAAAUUUGGGUAAAGUACUCUACAUGAUGGCAGACGUUCACGCAGCGAUAGUCGAACCAGAAGCAGCGACCAUUAACGUUAACAGUUUAUUCAAAAACCGAACCACGACAAGCACGCAAUCACCACUAUCGAAGGCUAGCAAAAUAGACACCUUAGUCAAUAAAAUAAUCCCCAUGAUGAGCGUCUCGGAGAAAAUGGAUGAGGUAUGGGACGUUGUGGUAGGAACGAAGAGUUCCGUCGAUGACUUGGUGCCGAAGUCGGACGAGCUACUCACGCAGACACAAAGACAAGAACGCGCUAUCGGCCAGAUUCAUAACGAUCUGCGAGUGAAGACCAACUUGAUCAUCGAGAACCUGGACAUGGUUGAGAAGAGAUUGAAGAAGCAGGAGGACGACGUGGCGACGCUGGCGCAGCGGCCGGUGCCCGCGGAGCUGCUGCUGGACCCGACCAUCGACCGGCUGGUGGAGUACGCGCCCAACCGGUACCGCGUGGACGAGCCCGCCACCGAGCCCAGCACCAGCACCGUCGCCGCCACCACGAUGCCGCCCUCCUCCACGGUCAACAACAGUCCUAGCGGCGCGAACGGGAGCGCGCCCACGACGCCGCCCAGCACGUCGCCGCGCCCGUCCAGCCGCAAGGGCGGCAUCAUCUUCCCCAGCGUCAAGAACAAGCCCAUCAUCGGCAACAACACUUUCGCCUCCGAGAUCGUCGCCAACUAUAAAGAUGUGAAAGGCUACUCGUGUGUGGACCUCCUGAACGCUGGCAUGAGGGAGUCAGGCGUGUACUACCUGCAGAUCAGAGGCACCACCUACUGGUUCCUCAAGGUGUACUGUGAGCAGAACGUCGCUGACGGAGGGUGGACGGUGAUCCACCGACGUGACGACUUUGGUAUUCCCGCGGAGAACUUCAACAGGGACUGGAGCGACUACAAGAACGGCUUCGGCAACCCCAGCAAGGAGUUUUGGCUCGGCAACGAGAACAUCUACAUGCUGACCAACAAUGACGACUACAUGCUGCGAGUCGAGCUCGAGGACUUCGACGGCAACAAGCGAUACGCGCAGUAUUCGCACUUCAAGAUCUACUCGGAAGCGGAAUACUACAAAUUGGAGAUCGAUGGGUACGAAGGGAACGCUGGAGACUCUCUCAACGACCCCUGGUACGGCUCAAACAACAGCCCUUUCUCUACAUACAACAGGGACAAUGACAGAUCAUCGCUGAACUGCGCCUCGAUGUUGAAGGGCGGUUGGUGGUGGAAGUCUUGCGGCCGUGGCCUCAACGGGCUGUAUCUCCACGAUCCUCAGGACCUCACCGCCAGGCAAGGCAUCGUGUGGUUCCGCUGGAGGGGCUGGGACUACACGCUCAAGCGGGCGUCGAUGAUGAUAAAGCCGCGGGGCCUGCAGCCCAACACGUGAGGCGCCCCUCGCGCCCCGCCGAUACUACUCGUACAGCCUCUGUUCCCUCAUUACGUGGAUUCAACCAUAAUAUUCCGCCGACAAUACAAGCACUCUGAUUAAACUCGUAAACUCCCUUCUAUUCUCUAUAUGUACCUGUGAUAUUCAAAUAACGAGAAUAACGAAUUAUUUUGGCGCAGCAACAUUAUGAACAACGAAUCCAUGUAACGACAUAGAACAUAGAAGGCAGCUUCGCUCAAGAUACGUACCUAUCUCUGUAAAUAUUCCCUCAUCACGUCACGGAUUUAACGCAUCGUUUUCGACACAAAAUCACUCUUUUUGUAAAUAACGAACACCUAUGUAACUAUAUUAUCAACGUGCCACAUCACUCCUCAAAUUCAUUAAUUUAUUACUCAUCAUUAUAUCUUGAUACAUAAAAAAACCUUCGUUAAUUAGGUUUAUAAUUUAGAUGUAAGAAUAAAUUUUAUAAGAUGUAAAUAAUUAUUUUUAUGCAGUGAUCGAUUUUAAGACGUAAAUUGAAAUGACAGUAGGUACGAUAUUACAUACACAUACCAAACUGGCAUAGUAAACUAUCAUAAACCGUCUUCCUUGUAUUAAAUAUAUUUAUAACUUUUACGAGUAGAUACUAUGCGUACUUCCCAAUUCUACCUUAUCCUAAAUAGUGUAUCAAUUAAUUACUUUAAUGCUAUAUUGCUAAGAUCUUCCACAGACUUUGCUUGCGACACGUCUCUCAACUUCCUAUUAUGUAUACGUAACGUUUAGCAGCUACAUAAAAUGUACCUGAUAAGUACUUAUAUGGUAGAUGAUGUGUCAUACAAAUGCACGAAAUGUAUGUAAAUCUAAUCGCCAUUAUGCUUAAACCUACGAAUAAAUGUAUAUUUUUUAUGAAACUGUUAUACUAUAUACGUCGCUACUAACACUGCCAGAAUUUAUUGUAAAAUGUGUAAAUUAUUUUAUGUUAAUUAAACGAACAAUGUUCAAAAAUUCUCAAAUAGCACAAAUCUUAGAUAUAGUG